AGGAACAGCGAUCUCAGACCAAGGGCGAUGGAAAGAGAACUGGAUUAUCCAGGCAUUGUUACUUUGUGUCAUAUACGGUGCUUUCGCGGCGGAGAGAUUUGCCCAGAGCCGCCAAAUUUUGAGCCGACUUAUCAGCGUGAGCAUUCUCCAUAGUGAGCAUGUCUACGGGCCUGACUAAUCUGUUACUCGAAAAGUAUAUCCGAGAAACUGGCAUGGCCCAUCAACACAUCUACGGCUACUACUACUCCGCAUGGAGACAGGAGCUGGACUCGGGGAUGUCGCUAGGGCCUGUAGAGUUACAAGAAGCCUGGCGCUCCUUCGUCGACGAGGAGUCCCUGAAGCUUGGUCUGUAUGGGGUCUCCGUAAUCGAUUUCCAGCUGGUUCUCGCAUGUAACACAAGACCGGAAAUCUCACCUCUCGAAAUCGUGUGGGACCUGCCUUGGUCGACACAAUCUUGGGAAGCGAACACUGCGGAGGAAUGGUGGAAGCAAAUAGUCGAGGAGGCUUCUACCUACCAGGGUAUGGACGGUCGCAUGAGCGACCGAGGACUCAUCGUGAAGUCGGUUUUCCUGGUUACGCAGUCAUUGUUGUCUGAUGCACCACCAGAGCCACUCUUACGAUCCCUUUCGUCGUCACCUUUUGCCCUCUUCUGUGUCACGGCGAACAUUUACCGGCUCGUCCGUGGCUUCACGCACUAUCUCUAUCAGCUACCCCCCAAUCCUGCCAACCCGUCUCCGUUCCACAUGUUAACACACGUGCAAAACAGUCAGAUCUCAUCGGCGUUGAAUGUUAUCCUGGGCCUCAGGAGUGCUGAUCAGAACGUUUUGAAUACAUACGGCCAAGGGGAUGGGCUGUGGGAUGCGGUCGAGUUGGUUUGUUGGGUGACCAAGGUUAGCCUUUGCAUCCCAGACGACCUUCUCAUUUCUGGCAUUGUGGAUACCGAAAUCACCGCCGCGUUCGCGACAGCCGUACAUCUUUCUCUUGGAAAUCAAGUUCUCGGGCGGAGGUCGAGAAACAUCUUCAAAAAAUCCAGUACCUUUAGUGACCAUGGCUUCCUGCUCAUAUUUGAGGAGCUGAUGAAUGUCAUGAACGCUAUGUGGGGCGCGGACGCGCAAAAAGCCAUGAGAGAAGCCCCGUGGAUCAGUGUCUUGGGCUUCAGGGUCCUGCUAGAUCUCUACCGGGUUCUCAGGCUCGCAAUAACAGACAUCCAUGAGCGCGCCGUCCUGGGUACAUUCUCCUCGGCAAAAAGCUUUGAUCCAGCGCAUGUUAUCUAUAGUGCUGUCAAAGACGCGCUGGCGAUUCACCUCAAGAACAAGCGGACGCUUCUGGCAACUAGGAACCUGGAGCAACUGGGUCUCUUGGAAUUGACUGAGGAUCCUAAGGUUUUUGAGCGUAAGUUCAUUAUACUCAUGAUUCAAAGCUGCAACGAGAGAAACGUGUGGGCGGUGGGCCGGGCGAUGGCGAUGGUACUCGAAGUGAUAUCUACUGGCGAUCAGUCAUGACAUCUUGUCUGGGCUGGAUGGCUUAUUCACAUGGGGACCACCGACAGGACCACCGUCUUUUCAGAAACUGGGACUAAUUUCGCCCC